CACCCAUUUUUCCAGAUGCCAGUCUCCUAGUCUCCUUCAUUUUCGCCUAAAAUAUUUAGUCCAGAAUCGAACUCUGUUGGAAUUAAAACUGAAAAAUAUGUGGCUGUAUAAUAUUAAGAAGCAAAAGAGCAACUGAAGUUUUUUUUAGAGUUUGUUACUACACGUCGUGAACGCCUUUUAAAAGGACCAUAACAAAGUGGUAUUACCAGCUGGUAAAGGUCGCGUAGUCGUGAAAGCAGAACAAAGCAUCAUGGAGUCGAGCUACAUAACGAGGUAUUGCUGUCCUAAUUGUAGUCAGAAGUCCAACGAUACGUAAUUCGUUGGAGAAUGCCCUCGUGGAAUUUUCUCUGUCACGAAAACCUACCCUAAAAUGGCCACUUUCAACAUAAAACCUACUGGAGGAAUGCAUUCAGACAGAUUGAUGGCUAGCCAGGGAGCAACAUAUGCUGUAAGGGUAGUAUGUGGGCUGCUUGGAGAUCAAAGUAUCGAUGAAAACAUUGGAUUUUAAGACAAGAUCCAGUGUGGCAAGGGAAUGCAUUAGCCGGGUAUGUGUAGCUGCAGGCUUAAAAACCCUGGAUAAAAAGAAGAAAGUGGAUAAAAAGGUAUCCAAAGCCAUUGCAGAUACUCCUAACAUGAGUCAUGCUGGAACCAACGUCACUCUAAAGGUAUCUGGAGCAAAUCUAUCGUUGACUUCGCUGGAAACCAACCAGAUCAUAGCCAAUCAUGAAAUGCCAAAAAUUUCUUUUGCUUCUGGAGGAGAUAGUGAAACAUUGGAUUUUGUGAGUUACAUUGCAAAAGAUUCGAAUGAAUUAAGAGCUUGUUAUGUCCUAGAAUGUGGUGGAGGGCUAGCUAAAGAUGUCCUUGUUACAAUUGGUCAGGCUUUUGAGUUGAGGUUUCAACAGUAUUCCAAGCCUAAUAUAUUUGCAACUGCUGUGGGUCAUUCAUCAUUUCAAACUGGCGGUGAUGCAGACAAAGACUACUACAAUGAUCUUCCAGGAAAGGUUCCACCAGAUGUUAUGAUGGGCCCCCCACCUGUACCUCCUCUACCUGCCUCAGUGUCCCCUUUCACCACUCUUCCACCUGUAACACCUAAUUUAAUCGACUUCAAUUGUGAUAUAGCCUCAUGUGAUGGGCCCCAUCACGACUAUGUCAAUGACAGUGUGACAGUUGCACGGGAACGCGAUGUUUUUGAUAUGCAACCAUUUACACAUCAUCAAGGAUCUUCCAGAAGUGAAACGGACAACUUUGCACAACUAAAAAAUGAAACGUGGUUCCAUGGAAGAAUAUCCAGGGCUGAAGCAGAAAGGUUGCUGCAGAAAGAUGGUGACUUUUUGGUGAGGGAGUCCACCAAUACACCUGGACAGUUUGUGCUUUCUGGAAUGCAGGACAACAACAAGAAGCAUCUCCUUUUAAUUGAUCCGGAAGGCAUAGUCAGGACGAAAGACAGGAUGUUUAACAGCGUGAAUCACUUAAUCCAGUUUCAUUUUGACAAUUCCUUGCCGAUCAUAUCAGCCGAAAGUGCAUUGGUUUUAAGGCACAAGGUUCCUAGAACAUCAACAAACUGUGGUGAAUAUGUUUUGUUUUGAUUACAUAGAGCUUUAACAUAUUUUUGAUGGCAAUAUACAUUGGCAAGUUUAGCAUAAAUAUUACCUUGAUAAAUCCUAAGUACAAAUAUUUUGCUAAUAAUAUUGCUUUUAUAUAAAUAUAUCUUUUUAAUCUCUUAUUGUGAUUUGCAUUAUUAAAUGGACAUUAAGAAAUUAUUUAUAUGUGAUUAAACCUGUUCUGUAAUA